AAAACUGAUUGGGAAGUAGCCAUAAAGAGCAUUAACAAAAAGAACUUGUCAAAGUCACAAAUCCUACUUGGAAAAGAAAUAAAAAUCUUAAAGGAACUUCAACAUGAGAACAUUGUAGCUCUCUAUGAUGUCCAGGAAAUGCCCAAUUCUGUCUUUUUAGUGAUGGAGUACUGCAAUGGUGGAGACUUGGCAGAUUACUUACAAGCUAAAGGAACUCUUAGUGAAGACACCAUCCGAGUGUUCCUCCAGCAGAUUGCAGCAGCUAUGCGUAUUCUGCACAGUAAGGGAAUCAUUCAUAGGGAUCUUAAACCGCAGAAUAUUUUGUUGUCUUACGCCAGUCGUAGGAAGUCAAGUGUCAGUGGCAUACGCAUCAAAAUAGCUGACUUUGGUUUUGCUCGUUAUCUGCAUAGCAACAUGAUGGCUGCAACGUUGUGUGGUUCCCCUAUGUAUAUGGCCCCUGAAGUGAUUAUGUCUCAACACUAUGAUGCUAAAGCAGACCUGUGGAGCAUAGGAACUGUGAUUUAUCAGUGUCUUGUUGGAAAACCACCUUUUCAGGCCAAUAGUCCUCAAGAUUUGAGAAUGUUUUAUGAAAAGAACAGGAAUUUGAUUCCUAGUAUUCCUAGGGAAACAUCAGCUUAUUUGGCUGACCUGCUGCUGGGUUUGCUUCAGAGAAACCAAAAAGAUAGAAUGGAUUUUGAAGCGUUUUUCAACCACCCUUUCCUGGAUCAGAUUUCAACAAUUAAAAAGUCUUGUCCUGUACCAGUGCCCACAUAUGCAGGCUCAGUCUCUGGCAGUUCCUGUGGUAGCUCUCCUUCAUGCCGUUUUGCUUCUCCUCCACUAUUGAUGAUUGACAUGCAGCAUAUUCAGGAAGAAAAUUUGUCUUCCCCUCCAUUGGGUCCUCCUAACUAUCUUCAAGUCUCUAAAGACUCUGCCAGUACCAGUAGCAAGAACUCCUCUUGUGACACAGAUGACUUUGUUCUUGUCCCACACAACAUCUCUUCAGACCACUCAUAUGAUAUGCCAUUGGGAGCAGCUGGCAGGCGGGCUUCGAGCGAGUUCUUGAUGUGUGGAGGGCAUUGUCAGCCUUCAAUGUCCCCCCGCAGCGAAACAGUACCUAUCCCGGUUCCCACUCAGCUACGGAAUUACCAGCGCAUAGAACAGAACCUCUCCUCUACUGCCAGCCCCGUGUCAAACCCCCAUGGAUCACCAAGAUCUGGGGUUGUGAGACGCUCAAAUACUAGCCCAAUGGGCUUCAUGAAGAUGGGCUCCUGUUCUCCGGUGCCAGCUGACACUGCACAGGGUGUUGGGCGCAGGUUAUCCACAGGAUCUUCUAGACCAUAUUCUCCUUCACCACUGGUUGGAACCAUACCUGAGCAGCUUGGACAUUGUUGUUGCGGACAACUUCAAGGACAUGAGUCAAGGAGCAGAAACUUCUCAGGUUCUCCCAUACCACCAUCUCAGUCUCCACAGUCACUUUUGAUAGGCGCGAGGUUGCAGAGUGCUCCUACUCUCACAGAUAUUUACCAAAACAAGCAGAAGCUCAGAAAGCAGCAUUCGGACCCAGUAUGCCCAUCCUAUGCUGGAUAUGGCUACAGUCAUUCUCCACAACCAAGCAGGCCAGGUAGCCUGGGAACAUCACCUACCAAACAUACGGGAUCAUCACCUCGGAGUUCAGACUGGCUGUUCAAAACUCCGUUGCCAACAAUCAUCGGCUCUCCUACUAAGGCAACAGCUCCUUUCAAAAUACCUAAAACUCAAGCGUCCUCAAACUUGAUGGCCCUAGCUAAUCGCCAGGGCUCAGCAGAUACACCCUUGCAGCCUAAAGACAUCGCUGACCCGAGAGAUUUCACACACUUCCACUUGACCCAAGGAGGUGAAAAGCAGGCAGGGGAACAGCACAGUAAAACUACGUUUGGCAGGUCUGUUAGUACUGGGAAGCUAUCGGAUCAACAGGUAAAGACUACCCUUGGUGGCCAGUUAUAUCAAGGCAGUACAGACAGCCUCAAUACAGAGCGACCAAUGGAUACAGCUCCGGCAGGGGCCUAUGGAAUUGCAAUGGCACCUCCUUCCAUGGGAAGUGGGGCAAGUUCUCGGGCUGUCAUGUUUACUGUUGGGUCCCCUCCAAGCAGUGCCACCCCUCCUACCUGCACCCAUAUGGUCCUCAGAACAAGAACCACCUCAGUUGGAUCAAACAGUUCUGGAGGGUCUCUCUGCUCUACUAGUGGCCGUGUAUAUAUGGGCUCUCCUCCUGGUAUUUAUAUGGGUUCUUCUCCUCCGGGAGCCGAGGCAGCUCCGAGUCUGAAGUACAUGCCUUAUGGUACUUCGCCUCCCAGCUUAGAGGGCUUUAUCACUUUUGAAGCUCCCGAAUUGCCUGAGGAAACUUUAAUGGAGAGAGAACAUACAGAUACACUGCGUCAUCUAAACAUGAUGCUGACAUUUACAGAAUGCGUUCUGGAUCUGACAGCAGUACGAGGAGGAAACCCAGACCUGUGUACUUCUGCAGUAUCGCUGUACCAAAUCCAAGAGAGCAUAGUUGUUGAUCAGAUCAGCCAGCUGAGCAAAGAAUGGGGACAAGUAGAGCAGCUGGUGUUAUAUAUGAAAGCCGCCCAGUUACUAGCAUCUUCGCUGCAUCUUGCCAAAGCACAGGUCAAAUCGGGGAAACUGAACCCAUCCACCGCUGUUAAGCAAGUUGUGAAAAGCCUCAACGAGAGAUACAAGUUCUGUAUUGGCAUGUGCAAGAAAUUGACGGAAAAGUUGAAUCGUUUCUUUUCGGACAAGCAAAGGUUCAUUGAUGAAAUCAACAGUGUGACUGCAGAGAAACUCAUCUACAGCUGUGCUGUGGAAAUGGUUCAGUCAGCAGCUCUGGAUGAGAUGUUUCAGCAAACGGAAGAUAUUACAUAUCGAUACCACAAAGCAGCCUUGCUGCUGGAAGGACUGUCUAAAAUACUGCAAGACCCUGCAGAUAUAGAAAAUGUACACAAGUAUAAAUCUAGCAUUGAGCGAAGGCUUUCCGCACUUUGCUAUAGCACAGUGGCUGUGUAUGAGCAGUAGGAAUAUCCCAAGGACCAGAUGGUGUGAACAUAAGGGACCACAUCAGUGAUACUGCACUUUUUUCACUACAGCUUAAUUGUUGUCCUUGUUCUGCCCCACGUGGAAGAUGAUUCUUACAUUUCUGUGGUGACUACCAAAGAAAUAGCAGCAUAUUCAAAGAGGAGAAAUUCCAAAAGUACACUUGCCUUACUGAUCCAGCAGCUUCUUUUUCUUCCUAGCAACAGAAUUUAAAAGAAUCUCUCUUCACACUUCAAACUGAUCCUUGUACGUGUGCUUUGACUUGAAUGAUCAGGGUUUUUUGUUUUCCUCAUGAGGCUUAUAGAGAGUGGAUCCUUCUGCAUCAGGUACAAAAAGACAUUUCCCUCAGAAGAUACCCUCAAAAGUUUAUGAAAAAUAUUUUUAAGUUGUCAGUAAAAUGUGGCGGAGUGAAUUUGGGAAACCCUAACCAUGUGGAAGUGCUGUUCGAAGCUUUCAGGGCUAAGCUGGCUUGUAUCGGAGCUCCCAUGUUGUAGACAUGGCUCAGCUUGUCGUAUGAAGGGAUGGCGAGAAAGCACACUUUACACGCGGGAAACGGUAAUGGAAGAAAUUGCACUCCAUCUGUGCAAAAUCCCCAGUGGGUU